UAGAGAGACAGGGCCUCCGCGUUAAUGCCUGUCUGUAAAAACACACACACAAACGUGUUUUCUUACGCUUAGAAGCGUAUUUAAAAUUUUCUUGGUUUUAUUAUCAUCACUCGGGGAUGGUCGCUUUUCUGAAAAGCUUAGCUGCUUUGUCUUAUGAUUUAUGUAUGAACGAAAACAAGUGAAAUACUUGGAUUUGUUACAUUUGCUUGGCAGCACCUAGACACCAGUGGCUAAAAACAGCUUGAAUACAACCAAAAACCAGCCUAAACAUUUAUUAAAAACAAUAAAUUGCAACACAGAAGGCAUGAAUAAGCGCGAAGGUGAAGGAUGUUCACUGAGAAAUGCUGAUUCAGCGCAGGAGCUAGAUACGAGUGCCAACCUGUCAUCGUCUGUCAUCGCUGCCUUCAAAGUUUUUCAGAAGGAGCUCGACACCAAACAUGACAAAUAUGAGCGUCUUGUUAAGAUCAGCCGAGAUGUCACCAUCGAAAGCAAAAGAACCAUUUUUCUUUUGCAUAGAGUGACCAAUGUACCGGAUACAGAGGAUGUUCUCAUCGAGGCGGAAGGAAAACUGGACGUUGUCAGACAGAAGAUUGGUCUGAUUGCCGAAGAGCUGAGAGGAGAGGAUAUUCAUCAGUUUCACAGAGCUUUCACUCCAGGGAUUCAGGAAUACGUGGAGGCCGUGUCUUUCCUGCACUACAUCCGUCAUCGCAGCCUUAUCAGCCUGGAGGAAAUCAAUGCCAGACUGGUGUUCAUGAGAACGGAGAAGGCAGAUCCCAAGGGCUCGUCUGAAGCCGCACCGGAGGGAACCCAGGUCCUGACCUUCCAGGUGACGCCGUCCGACUACCUGCUGGGCGUGGCCGACCUGACGGGGGAGCUGAUGCGGAUGUGCAUCAGCAGCGUGGGCAACGGCGACAUCGACACGCCCUUCCAGCUCAGCAUGUUCCUGCGGCAGAUCCACGACGGCUUCUCCUACAUCGGCAACACGGGCCCCUACGAGGUGUCCAAGAAGCUGCACACGCUGCGGCAGAGCCUGGGCAAGGUGGAGGACGCCUGCUACGCCCUGCGCGUCCGAGGCUCGGAGAUCCCCAAACACAUGCUGGCGGACGUCUUCUCCAGCAGGACCACACUCAUCGACCCGGAGGAGGGAGUGGUUUAAUCCUGCUCUGUGGUGUCAUUGUCUGCUUCGGUUUCAUGUUUGUAUGCCUUUUUAAUGGGAUUUGACAGAUAUUUCGUGACAUGCUUGUUUUUAUUACAACAACAGCCUUACAGUAGACAAUGGACUUUUUUUUUCUUCCUUUGAUAAAGAUCUGAUGACUUCAGUUGUUUUGCAUGAAUAAAAGUUCUGUGCCAAAUA